AUGCUGUCGCGGUCUUCCCUGAGCCGAAAUGCGCCGCGUGCGCUCUCCGCCGGCCGUCGGGCCAUGGCCUCUGCUGCCAACCCGACUUUCCAGUACGAUGUCACCGAGGCUGCCGGCGUGAAGGUUGCCAACCGUGAGGUCAACGGUGCCACUGGCACUUUGGCGCUGGUGGCCAAGGCUGGCUCCCGUUACCAGCCCUUCCCUGGCUUCUCCGAUGCCCUUGACAAGUUCGCCUUCAAGACCACACUUAAGCGUUCCGCACUGCGCAUCACUCGGGAGGUUGAGCUGCUCGGCGGUCAGAUCUCUUCGACACACUCGCGCGAAAACGUCGUUCUCCGCGCCAAGUUCCUCGCCAAUGAUCUCCCUUACUUCACAGAGCUGCUGGCUGAGGUUGCUGGCAAGCCCAAGUUCACUGACCACGAACUGAACGAGGUUGUUAGCCAACUCCUCAAGUACCAGCAGGACGCCGUUUACUCCAGCGCUGAGACCGUCGCCAUUGAUGCUGCUCACGGCGUUGCCUUCCACCGCGGCCUGGGUGCUCCCAUCACCCCCAGCCAGUCCACCCCCUAUGAGAAGUACCUGUCCGGCGACGCCCUGACCCAGUUUGCUCAGGAUGCCUACUCCAAGUCCAACAUCGCUUUGGUUGCCACCGGUCCCAACUCCGCCGAGGUCUCCAAGUGGGUCGGCCAAUUCUUCCAGGAUCUCCCCACCGGUGCCUCCGCCGGCCAGUACAAGCUCCAGGCCAGCGAGCCCACCAAGUACUUCGGUGGUGAGCAGCGUCUUCCCUCCAAGACCGGCAACGCCGUCGUGAUUGCCUUCCCCGGCUCCAGCGCUUUCGGCACUGCUGGCUACAAGCCCGAGGCUUCCGUCCUGGCAGCUCUUCUGGGCGGCGAGUCCUCCAUCAAGUGGACCCCCGGUUUCUCGCUCCUGUCUAAGGCCACCGAGGGCUUCUCUUUCCUUAACGUCUCGACCAAGAACCUCGCCUACUCCGAUGCUGGUCUCUUCACCGUCACUCUUACCGGUGCCGCUGACCAGAUCGGUGCCGCCAGCAAGAAUGUCGUCGAUGCCUUGAAGAAGGCCGCCGCCGGCGAGGUCGCCAGCGAGGACAUUCAGAAGGCCAUUGCCCUGGCCAAGUUCAGUGCUCUGGAGUCUGUCCAGACCCUGGAGACUGGCCUUGAGGCCACUGGCUCCGGUCUGGUUCACGGCAGCAAGGCCUACCAGAUUGGCGAGAUCGCCCAGGCUCUUGAGAAGGUUACUGAGCAGCAGGUCAAGGAGGCUGCCCAGACUUUCCUCUCCGGAAAGGCCACUCUCGUCAGCGUCGGCGAUGUCCACCACCUCCCUUACGCUGAGGACAUUGGUCUGUCUGCUUAA